ACUGGCACAGCGUAACUCCGCGCGUCACUUUCCUGCACAGACGCGAGACACAUUUUGGAUUUUAACUUUUGUGGAUUAUUUUUGAAGAAAGAGAAUUGAAAUUACAAACUUUUGGAGCGGGAAGAGAGAGUUUUACCGGAUUUGCUCGGAAUAUGAUUUGAAGCAAGGAGAGGGCUGCUGCUGCUCCGAAACAGGAUGUCUGCCUCUGGUGUUUACCCCUCACUGCUGCUGCUCCUCUGCUCUCUUCUCUCCUCUGCCUCCUCCCAGUGCGACCACUCCUCUGAAACCUCCAAAAUCAACCCAAACGUACACUACGAACUCCCCACGUUCACUUCAGAAUUCCCCAUCCAAAACAUGGUCACGCUGGACGGAAUAGUUUACGUCGGCGCUACGAAUCGGAUCUACGCGCUGUCGCCCAAUCUCACAAAAUUAUCGGAAUAUAGAACGGGACCACUGAGAGCGAACGAAACCUGCGGACACAAAACGGACAACGCCAACGCUAUAAUCGACAAUCGGAAUAUCGCCUUGGUAACGGAAAACAUUUACGAUAAAGGAUUGUACAGCUGCGGAUCUGCGGAUAAUGGGAUUUGCAGACGCCACGUUUUGUAUGAAGACGACGAAAUGGGCCCUAACACUGUUGACGACGAAGUUUACUGUUUCGCCGAUAAAGUUAGGCUUCGUAAAGGCAACCCGUAUAAUUCGGACAUUGUUGUUAGCGCUUCCGGAUCGCAGGUUCUCAAUGUCGAAAGCAACCUAAUCCAAUUUUUCGUAGGGAAUUCGGAAAUCCCCGGUAACAAAACAACACCAAACACGCACACAAUAUCUGUACGUAAAAUGAAAACUAGCCAAAACGGAUUCACGUUCUUCUCUAGCGCCGCGCACAUGGACUUGAUACCAUCUUUACGCGGAAACUACUACUUACGCUAUGUCUACUCCUUCAACAGCGGUCCGUUUACAUACUUUUUAACUGUACAGCGCGUCAGUAAAGAUUCAAAUGCUUUCCACACCAGAAUCGUACGCAUGUGCUCUUCUGAUACGGUGAUCAGACGCUACGUAGAGAUGCCGCUUCAAUGCAUUCGCACGGACAAACGCCGCAGACGCUCCACGGAAGACGUAAAGGUUUUUAACAUCCUGCAGGGGGCGUACGUGAGCAAAAUCAAGGAGGACACGGAGUUGCAGAAGCAGCUGAAAGUGGGACCGAAUGACGAUGUUUUGUUCGCGGCGUUCGCUAAAGGGAAACCGGACUCCCCCGAAGCUACGGCGGAUUCUGCCGUGUGCGUCUUCUCUUUAAGUCACAUAAACAACAUGAUCAGGAGGUACACGCAGAGCUGCAGCACCGUGGAGCCGUACCAUUUCACGGGCACUGACCACAAGUCCUGCUACAACGUGACCUCUUCAGACGAGUGUGAUCCUCACGAGGGCAUGCACGAGGGCAAAGAGAGCACGUAUCGUCUGCAGAUCACUCAGUUUGUGCCCCGGCUGGAGUACUGGCACCAGGACCUGGCCCACACCCUCCUCACCUCCAUCACCGUGGCGACCGUGCACUCCAGGACUGUGGCCUACCUGGGCACCAGCGACGGGCGACUCCUGCAGAUCCUCUUCUCACGCUCCUCCUCUCCUCACCUGAACAUCACUCUGGACUCUGCACCCGUCUCCUCCAGCCUCCUCCUCCAGGGCCAGGGACGCCUGCUUGUCGCCACCGGCAACAAGAUCACAUCGGUGCCUCUGAUUGGCCCGGGCUGUGAUCAGCUGACCACCUGUACUUCCUGUUUGCUGUCGUCGAGGGUAACAGAGUGCGGAUGGUGUAAUGGCCGAUGUACGAGAUCCAGUCAGUGUACAUCUGCAGAGUGGAGCCAGGAGUACUGCGCCCCUGUCAUUACUAAGUUCUGGCCGAGCAGUGCCCCAGUUCGCGGCUCCACGUCCCUCACCAUCUGUGGACUCAACUUUGGCUUCGACAAAACAGAAAACUUCAGGUCGCCCAUGGUCAGUGUGGAGGUGGGAGGAGCCCCGUGCAAACUGGACCGACACGGAGGACUCAACAGGUGGACAGAGCUGCAGUGUGCUCCGGUUUUCAGCGGGAAUUUUACGAUAAAAAAUAAAGACGUGAAAGUGACCAGCGGAACCCAAGUGGCCAAGAUGGAGGGCUUCACUUUUGGGGAGCCUGUGAUCCAUGAGAUCUUCCCCACAUUUGGGCCUAAAUCUGGAAACACAAUGUUGACGAUCCGAGGAGCGUUCUUAGACUCAGGGAACAAGAGAGAGGUGACCAUUGGAAAAGGAGUCUGCAAGAUACAGAGCCUGUCGUCGUCGAUGGUGACCUGUAAGACCCCGCCUCAGCCCCUCCCCUCACAGGAAGUGGUCCGCUUCAGUCUGGACUCCGUGGAGCUCAGGGCCCCAACGGUCUUCUCCUACAACCAGGACCCCAUCAUCAACAGCAUCCAGCCCUCCAGGUCCUUCGUGAGUGGAGGCUGCACGGUCUCAGCUCACGGGUUCUUCCUUCAGUCUGGACUUCAGCCUGAGAUGGUCCUCACCACCAGCCACGACCAGCACGUCUUCCAUGUGAGUUGUGUUUAUGGAGAGAACCACACUUCGAUCCAGUGCACGACCCCGUCCCUGGCCAAACUGGCUCUGCAGCCCCCCCUAGUGACCAAAGUGUCCUUCAUCCUGGACGGAUUCUCCACAGACCAGUGGGACCUGGUCUACGUGGAAGACCCGCUUUUCCAGGACCCAAAACUCACGUCCAAGGACAACAAGAGCAUAGUGGAGCUGAAGGGCGACCGGAUGGACCGUGAGGCGAUGAAGUGCCAGGUCCUGACUGUGUCCAACCACAGCUGUGAGAGUCUGACUCUGGUGGGAAACACCCUGGAGUGCACUGUGCCCCAUGAGCUACAGCAGAAGGAGCUGCAGGUCCAGUGGCGUCAGGCGGACUCAAUCCGGUCUCUGGGUGUCGUGACUCUGGCUCAGGAGCAGGACUUCACGGCUCUGGUGGUGGGCUGUGUGUGUGUGUCUGUGCUGCUGCUCGGCCUGGGCUCCCUGCUGCUCUGGAGGAGGAACAAGCACAUAGACGAUCUGUCUGAAGUGUGGUACGACGGCAGAGGGCACAUCCAGCACUUGGACAGACUGGCCAAUGCACGCAGCGUCAGUCCCACUAACGAGAUGGUGUCCCACGAGUCUGUGGACUACCGCACCACGCUGCUCGACGAUCCAAACAGCGAGCGUCCCGAGUCUUGCCGGGCUGUUCCUGUGUACGGCGGGAGUGGGGAGCUGUUGCACCACCGCGGGGCCAUAGGGGGCGCUAUGGGGCCCGAUGAGUUCCUGUCUCCUCUGCUGUCUGGGGCCCCCGUGCACAUAGACCCGAGCUGUCUGCACCCAGAUCUGCUCCGAGAAGUCCAGCACGUGGUGAUCAGCAGAGACAGGCUCAUUCUGCACGUGCACCAGGUCAUAGGGAGAGGACAUUUCGGCUGCGUUUUCCAUGGAACUCUUCUGGAACCUGAUGGACACAACCAGCACUGCGCCGUCAAGAGUCUCAACAGGAUCACAGACCUGGAGGAGGUGUCCCAGUUCUUAAAGGAGGGAAUCAUCAUGAAAGACUUCAGUCACGAGAACGUUCUAUCACUGCUCGGCAUCUGUCUGCCACCAGAGGGCUCCCCGCUGGUCGUGCUGCCCUACAUGAAGCACGGAGAUCUGAGGAACUUCAUACGUGACGAGGGACAUAACCCAACAGUAAAAGAUCUCGUGGGCUUCGGUCUGCAGGUGGCACGAGGAAUGGAGUAUUUGGCCUCUAAGAAGUUUGUGCACAGAGACCUGGCUGCACGAAACUGCAUGUUGGAUGAGAGCUACACGGUGAAGGUGGCAGACUUUGGCUUGGCUCGAGACGUUUAUGAGAAAGAAUAUUACAGUGUUCACAAUAAGAGCGGAGUCAAGCUGCCGGUCAAGUGGAUGGCCCUGGAGAGUCUGCAGACGCACAAGUUUACACACAAGUCUGACGUGUGGUCAUUUGGCGUGCUGCUGUGGGAGCUGAUGACCAGAGGAGCUCCUCCGUACUCAGACGUCAACUCCUUCGACAUCACAGUGUUUCUAAUGCAGGGACGAAGACUACUACAGCCAGAGUUCUGCCCAGACGCACUGUACACAGUGAUGAUCGAGUGCUGGCACCCCAAACCCGAGCGCCGUCCCUCUUUCUCCGAGCUCGUGUCCCGGAUCUCCUCCAUCUUCUCGUCCUUCAGCGGAGAACACUACGUCCUCCUCAACACCACCUACGUCAACAUCGACAAGCUCAGCCCCUACCCCUCUCUGUUGCCCCCCUCUGGAGCCGACCACAACUGCACCUCCGGGGCCGAUUCCAGCGGGGAGAGCGCGCUACUCAGCCUCACCACACAGGGGGCGCUCUUCAGUAACCCCGAGCACCACUGUUACGCCUAAACCGGGGCGGAGGUGUUUAAAGACUCCAUAUGUGAGAGAAAUGUACAGAUACUGAAGCGAACACUGCCAUUUUGAACUUUUAUUGCUCAAAACUCAAAAAUGUGAAGUUUUCAGACAGGAAUUAAGAGGAGAAUUUUAAACGUACACUCAGAAAUAGCUUUAAAUAAAUGUUUUAUGUCGAAGUUUUCCAUCAGAGUUUUACACUGAUCGAAAUUACAUGUUUUAAGAAUAUUUGUUUUGACUCACGCCUUCCUCAGACUGCUCCCGGUCCAGCUGAGACUGCAGUGUCAGACCCAUAUUUUAAAAGUCACAAACCUUCACAACCCAAAUAGACAUUAUUCGUGAAUCACAAAAUAAAGUUGGAUUUGAACAAUUAGUAUUACUCAAGUUUUAAACAAUGAGAAACAAUAAUUGAACCUGCAACAACCAUCAAAAAUCCAAGGGUUUGUCCGCCAAAUCGAGGUGCAGCGUUUCUAAAUGUCUCUUAAGUUUAGUUGACUUUCAGCUCUCGUUUGCCAGGGUUUUUUUGACUCACAUUGGCCUUGCAUCCUGGUUAGGACUAGCCAGGCUGACCUAGUGCCUCUGCUCAAUUUCAUAUGUCUCCAGCCACUAGGUCAGGAAUCAGAAUACACUAGACAGUUCAUAAAAACCCCGGAAGUACAAGUUUGGGCACCAGCCAAUCAGCAAAGACUCAUAUAUUUUGUGUUGGCAACAAUUCCCAAGAUUAAGGAUUUAAAGCCAGAACAAAGAGAAUUUUUGGUGAAUUUUAUCAAGGGUAAAGACGUUAUUGCCCUUCUUCCUACAGGAUGUGAGAAAAGCUUAAAAUACCAGUUAGCCCCGUUAGCGGCACAUUACAUACGUCACAACUAAAUAGCAGCGAUUGGUUAAAUUUUUAAAAAGUACCCGCCUACCGUCAAGCAAAUGAAUCCUAACGUUGUGAGGUCAGACGGUUUCUACAAAGUAAAACCAGCUGAUGAAUCAGGGUACUUUAGGACCAGCACAAUUUAGAAAGCCAUAAUUCCAAAAAUAGUCGGCCUUGCUGGUAAUUUUUUUUUUUUCUUUGCUGGAGAUUCCAAUUUGUGCUACCUGCUUGAGACCCACCUGAGGGUCGCGAUCCAGUCUUUGGAAAAUAAUAAUUCAACUCCAGUCAAAUGAAGCUCACAAAGGCUGGUGGUUAUAGGGCGAAUUAGGAGCAGAGUUCCAUUGGUAGGAGUAGGAAUUGAUUUACCGACAAUAUAGAAACACCAGGAUCAUGCAGAGCGGGUUAAUACCAACAUUUUAAGACCAAAAAGAGCAACCUGACAGCAGCUACAGAGAAAAGAGUGACGUUUUUCAAUACAAAGUGAAUUGGAGCCAGAAUCAAUAGAGCCAGAAGCGCGCCCAUGCUCACUUCAGUGGAUAGCAGGUUAACUAUGCCCAUUUAUAUAUACGGUCUAUGUGUGAAACUCGAACAUUUUGCGGUCGGCUCCUGCAUCUGGCAAAAAUAGAUUCCUAAAUCACCUCUGUAAGCUGCACAGCGUUACUUCCUCUCUUUACUUUUAAUUAUUCCAAAUAGUUGCGGUCACUGGAGCUGCACCGUGAGCAGUCUGAGCCCAGAGCGAACUGUUUUUACUCUUUUUAACAAGAUCGCAAAUUUAGCCAAGACAUAACAUUCAAUUAGAAACAUUUGAUCCCAGUCUCUAUGAAAUAUGAGAAAUAGAAAUAUAGAGAUAAUACCAUUUAUUUGAAACCAAUAUCCUAUUUUUCAUCUAUCAUAUCAUUUAUCAUCUAUCGUAUCAUUUUACGUCACAAGAGUUUGGACAAUGUGAAGUUUGUUUAUCCCCCGAAAAGGUUAAAGCAAGAAAAGAAGCAUUCACUGCCAUUUUAUUUAAGAUUUUCUUUAUUCCACAGGCACAAAGUUAAAAAUGUGAAAUUGACAAGAGUUAGAAUUUACUGAUUUUGAAACUUAGAGAUUACAUUCUACAACAAGGGAGUUUGGACUUAGAUUUUUUGCUUGAAAUGUGUCA